AUGUCAACGUCAAAAUCAAAGAAGUCUAAUUAUUUAUCACAACCAGGUGGCAGUGGUCAAGGUGCCAGUACUGCCUCCAGAAAAGGAAACCUUGCUGGUUCUGUAUCAAAGAGUAAAUAUGGUGGAAAUACUGGAGUAUAUGGAAGUACAAGAUCACGGUCAAAUGUCUUGUCAUCAGCAAGCCGCAGAAGUAUUGCUGCAAGGGAAGCUGAGAAAGCAGCGUUGGUAGGAAAGCCACCAGUUCAGGUGAUUGAUGAAGCUGGUAACGAUGUGACUCCAGUUCCACUGUUAGGUCAUGAUCACGCCACUGUGAAGAAGAACCAGAGUAACAUUCUGGAUAGCUCUGCUGGAACACCUACAGAUCUCAUGUCCCAAGCUUCCAUAUACAACACAGCCAAUGUGACUGCCAGUACAUUUGGUGGUGGCCCAUUCACAAGGUCAGUAUUUAGUCAGUCACAGGGUACAGGGACAGACUCCAUGAUGGGUGGAGAAGAUGAGAUUACAGAGCCUUCUUCAGAACAGACAGCCUGGGCAGACAUUCGUCACAAGCGAGAGGAGGUGAAGGAAACACUGACAGAGGCUGACUUAGAGAAAGAAGUUGACCUGACCUUGACAGAGACUGAAACAAUAUGGCUGCUAGACCUUCCCACUAUCUGUGUGUCUACAGAGUCAGAUGAGGCGGCAGGCAUCAAAAAGAGAAUUGAAACGUACCAAGAAUUGAUCAAGAGCAGAGUUGGCAAUGACAGAUACAUGGAGAGAGGAAUGAACACAUUUAACGAGCCACCCAAAUUUAAAACCAUCCAGACCAACAAAAUUUCAUAUAAUGAUGUUGGUAUCACAGCUACCACAUGGGACAUGUAUGAUACAUAUGAGGAACAGGAUAAGGAAAACAAAGGUUUACCAGAAAAUGAGAAGAAAGACGAUAAUGGUGAAGAAGAGGGUACAAUUAGUCGGCCUACAAGUCCUAAGGAUGGAGAUGGCACAGAAGAGACCAGCUCACAGACAAAUAGCCAGGAAAAACCAGUACUCACACGAGAAGGUUCGGCCAAGGCAAGGUCUUUACAAUCAAGGGGAGAGAGUCGAGCAACUAUGUCCUCAGUGGCAGGCUCAGAGAGUAUUUUUGCAAGCAGAGAAACUGGCGUGUCUUCCAUGCCAGCGGCAGACCUUACAGCAAUAGAGGAAGACAAAAUCUUAAAGUCGGAUUGUUUCAAAAGAGAUUUAUUCAUCAUGGAAAGAGUUAUUAACUUAAAUACCUACCAGCCAAAGCAAGCUUGUUACAGAGGAUAUGAUAUUGUGCCAGACAUUGACAAUGCCAGUGAAGCAGCUAACCCCACCCAGCAGAUAAGUGUGGCCGACAUGGGACCUAAUGUUGACCGGCUAUGGGCCUACUCCUGUCCGAUGACCAAAGGCCGUAAUGUCAGCUGCAUGACAUGGAACAAGCUCAACCCGGAUCUUAUUGCCAUUGGUUAUGGACAGUUUGAGUUUUCAAAUCAGAAAUCUGGCUUGAUCUGCUGUUGGUCCCUGAAGAAUCCUGAGUUUCCUGAGCGUGUGUAUACAUGUAAAGAAGGGGUGACAGCUAUUGACUUCUCACGGAGUAAUCCAAACUUGUUAGCGGUAUGUAUACACAUAUUUCCUAUGGUCAAUAUCUCAAUAUCUGACAGCCACAUCCCCGGGAAGCACACAGCACCUGUAUGGCACAUUCGAUGGAUAGAAAAAGAACGAGGAUCAGGUGAAGACCGCACAGAGGUACUUGUUUCUAUCUCCACAGACGGGAGAGUGACACAGUGGUCCAUCAGAAAAGGAUUUGAAAGCUAUGAUUUAAUGAGGCUGAAAAGAAUGCCAACCAGGAUGGGAGGUAAAAAAGAAAAGAAGGGCGAGGCUUUCAUUUCUAGACAUGCUGGAGGACUGUGUUUUGACUUCCAUAGCAGAGAUUCUAAUAUUUAUCUAGCUGGGACAGAAGAAGGCCACAUUCAUAAGUGUUCAUGUUCCUAUAAUGAGCAAUAUUUGGACAGCUACACAGGUCAUAAUGGUCCAGUCUACAAAAUGGAGUGGUCUCCCUUCGUCAAUGAUAUUUUCCUCAGUUGCAGUGCAGAUUGGAGUAUUCGGUUAUGGCACCAAGAGAGAAAUAAACCAAUCCUUAGCUUCUUCUCACUUAACAAAUCAGUGUAUGAUGUAACAUGGUCACCACGAUCGUCCACAGUGUUUGCCUGUGUGAAUGAGGGGCGAGUUGAAGUAUGGGACCUUAGCCUAAGCACGCUCGACCCACAGAUAGUCAGCAACCCUACAUCUGGAGCCAAACAGACUGCAGUGACAUUUGCCAAAAACUCUGAGUGUAUCCUGGUUGGUGACAGUGAGGGACAAGUGACGGUGUACGAGUUGAGAUGUAUGCCGGAGCCUCCUGAGAACCAGGCUGACGCACUAAACAACGUGAUCAAAGCAUCACUGGCUACACAGCUUCAAACAGAAACCACCGAGGAGAAGGAGGAGGAGGAAGGAGUUAAGGCUGAUGAGUGAUCACGGUGUUGAGUGUCGUCCCGAUGAUCUAGGAUUGGUUGUAUAAGACAUGUGAUCUGUACCGAGUGCUAGGUUGUCAAGGAAACUGGUGUCAUGUGAUUAAGAUACAAGAGCAAGCAAAUAAAACCAUACAACAGACAUUCCUUCACAUAUUUUGAUGUUGCCUUGAUUUUGGGACCAUCAAAAUAUUGUUGAACUUGAAUUUUGUGAAAGAAAUUGCAAAAUUAACUGACACUGUAGUUGUGCUUAGUUUUCCAAGUUUUUUGUCAGCUGCAAAAA